UCUUGUUACUUAGAUUUUAAUUAAGUGUCGUUCUUGAUUGGGCUCUUUUUUAUGAUAUAGUUAGUUAUCAUUCAAUGAUCUUGAUUUAAUAAGACUUAACAGGAGACUGAGAGGUGCAGGCUUGUUUGGUUUGGCGACCUCAGAUACACUAAAGUGAGCACAGAUGAGGCAGCGAGUUCCUGGGAUGGCUCCUCAUCUUUGUCCAUGUCCUUGGCCAACAGUGCUCCUGGAUCUCCAGGCACUGACUCUGGGCCUGGAGCUCAGACAGAAUGGGUGGACUGCAUCCAGGCAAGUGACAUGUGCAACCAGAACCCUUAUUGCAGCUCUCGGUACCGGGUGAUGCGCCAGUGCCUUGUGGGCAAGGAGAAGGAAGCCAUGCUGGACAACAACAGGGAGUGCCAGGCUGCCUUGGAAGUGCUGCUAGUUAGUCCCCUGUUUGACUGCCGCUGCAAGAGGGGCAUGAAGAAGGAGUUGCAGUGUCUGCAGAACUACUGGACCAUCCACAUGGGACUCACUGAAGGUGGAGACAUCGAUGACUCAUCUCCGUAUGAACCUGUGGCACCCAACCGACACCCUGACGCAUUCCGCUUGGCCUCCAUCUCCUCAGGGAUGCUCACAGUGGCCCCAAAAGGUUUCCACUGUGCCGACACCGAGAGAACCUGCAACCCCUGUCUUGAUGCGGCCAAAGCCUGCAACCUCAACGGCACCUGCAAGAGGCACCGCUCCUCCUACAUUGCUACCUGCAGCAAGGAGGACCCCAACAAGGGUGAAACCUGCAGCAAGAAACGCUGCCACAAAGCACUGAGGUUAUUCCUGGACCGUGUGCCCACUGAGUUCAGCCACCGGUUGCUUUUCUGCCCCUGCCAGAGUGAGGGCUGUGCCGAACGACGCAGGCAGACUAUCGUGCCUGAUUGCUCCUAUAAAGAUAAGGAUAAACCCAAUUGUCUGGAGCUGCGGAGGGUCUGCCGCCAGGACUCUCUCUGCAGGUCUAGGCUGGCUGAUUUCAUGGUAAACUGCCGGAGUUAUCCACCCACAGUGAGCACCUGUCCCAACCAAGACAAUCACCAAGCCUGCCUGGCCUCCUACACAAGGCUCAUCGGGACCGACAUGACUCCAAACUAUGUCGACAGCAACUUCUCCAACUGGACCAUCUCCCCGUGGUGCACCUGUAAGGGCAGUGGAAACCAGGAAGAGGAAUGUCUGAAAUUCCUGCAGAGCUUCACCGAUAACACAUGCCUAAGAAAUGCCAUCCAGGCCUUUGGUUAUGGGACAGACUACAUGCAGAACAAAAAUGUGUCUGUCCCAGGCCCUUCAGUGACGACAAACACAGGGUCGGAUAGGUCAACAGGCACUUCAGAACCUCCCUUUGUCAUCAUUGAGAAGUAUCCUGAACCAAGAGACGGUGGCUCAAACAAACCCCGGGGCCUGCCAGAGGAUCACUCUGCCUGUCUGUGUGCCAACGUCUGGGCUCUGCUUCCCGGCCUGGCUUUGGCUCUGGUCCUGGCUCAGCAUGCCUUAUAGAAGCGCCAGGAGGAGAAAAAAGAGGUCAUCCACCCACAAGCUGAUCCCAAAAGCAGAAGGUGUUAUUUCUGAGACUGAUAUUAAGAAGGCUGAAUCUCUGGGCAGUUGACAUAAAUGGCAUUUAUGAAAGAGGAAAAACAAAAGGAGGAAAGAGGCGGAAAAUAUUUAAAUGUUACAACUGUGAAUUUGUUGUUCAUUUAAUGUAAUUUUAGGGCGGAUCACAACUGUGAUGGAGCACAUGGCUUUAAAAAAGACCCUUGUUGUGAGACGCCAUGAAGGCCAUUCUCUGGGAAUGAUUCUCCCUCUGACUGAGACACAAAAAACCUGGAGGACUGAAGCUGAUCAUGUCAAAGAAUUCUAUACUUUUCUCACCAAAAGGAGGGAGAGAGGGGAAUAAACAACAUUAGUAAAAGAAGACAGGAUUGACGGAAAAGAAAUUGUUUCAGGGGGGAAAGGAAUGAGUGAGAGGUAAAUGGGGUAGAGAGC